AUGGGAUGCUGGCGUCGUAUUCUGGUAGAUGAUACUGUACCUGUAGAUAAAGGGGGUAGACCCCUUUUACCUUGUACCUCCAACAACUUUGAAUUGUGGCCGAUACUCCUCACCAAGGCACUGCUCAAGGUUGCUUCACUGACUUGGACAGAACACCGCGAGAUCGUCGACUUUCAUCCAAUCGCUUGUUUAACAGGCUGGAUUUGCUUGACGCUAGACGUCACGCACUUGUCGUCGCAAGAUAAGUGGGACUUCCUGAUGAAAUAUUCCGAGCAUUUCGAGUGGACGUCGCAAACUACUCGUGGUAACACGAUUCCAGAAAGCUCCACGAACAACGUUCUGACCGACAAGGCGAGGAGACCUGAAGAAACUUUGCGGCCACUCAUCGAAACCGAGAAACCUCAACCGAUCAUGCUGUUUCUUCUCUUGAACGAUAUCCGAGAACUCGGAAACGAGGUGGUACCUGGUCUAUCACCUUGCUGGGAUCACGUAAUUCACGUCGUUCAGUCACGCAACAUUCCUCUGGAUCCCAAAGACGUAAAAGCCCCGUUAGCAAAGUGGAAACUGCAUCGCUGGUUAAAAUGGGCCGUUUCGCAAAGUGUAAUCGAUCCCGCCGAUUAUUUCGUUCCGAUUCGUUACUUGAGGGUGAUCGGUCCUCUCGCGAAAUGCAACGAGAGUGCUGUCUAUAUUUACGACGAAAGUGAUGCUGCGCGAAACUCGAUCUUUCCAAACGAGAUCGAGCAGUCUGAUAAAUCUGCAUGGAGAACGAGAUCUCAGAGAGCACCAGAUUCGCCCACUACGAUGAAAGAAGAGGCAACGGAAGAUGUCAGUCGAUGGAUUGACUUUAAUACUAUUGCCUCAUAUUUGAGGGAAGUGCAUUUGUUUUAUAAGCUGCAGUAUUUGCGGUGCUCGAUUCAAGUGACGGUGAAUAAUGUUAUAAAGAUGACAAGCAACGGAAACCGCACGGUCACAAAAGAAGUCGAAAAGGAAAAAGCAGAUAUUUACAUUACAAGCAAAAUUCUAAAAUCCAGAAAUAGAUUCUUGUAUUUGUUCUGCGACUCUCGGGAGAGUAAAUUCUUCUUGGUUAAUCUUUCCGCUGCGCCAAGAAAGAGAGAUGUCUCAAAGGAGUCACAAUGGAAAGAUUUUCUCAUUUUGGAAAAAUAUAAUUGGUUUACCGGAACAAAUCAAUCGGAACAAAAAAUAAUUAUUUCCACGAUCGGCAGCAAAUCGACUGUCUUAGAACUAGAAGCUGGCAGACAACUCUUACGAAUUCAUCGCCGUUCAGAAGCCAGUCUGACGAUAAUUUCUUCUGAUACGGAUUUUUAUCUUGGAAAUCGAGCUACUGUGCAACAACUGAUGACCGCAGAAUCCGAUAGAAUCGAAUGGAUGUCGAAGAUAAUCAGCGAUAGUCUCUGCAAAGCUUAUCGAUCGUUCGGAACGAAUAAUUACCCGGUAAUGUUGAAAAAUUAUUAUCAAAGCUACAUGUCAUCCGACUCGCAGCAUGUUCUUUCGAAAGAAGAUAAAAAUGUUUCCUCGCUGAUACAUCAGUUCUUCAUAGAAGAACAGGUCCGAUUGAUCAAGGAAAUCGUUCUCGAUAGCGACUUUGAAAGCACUCUUCGCUUUUUGAGAAUUUUUUUCCUGAAUCCAAAUAUUAGACUGAAUUCGACAAAAACUCAGAGAACACUUCAAGAUCUUAUAACGCAAGAGAAAAUACCGCGCAUCUAUAUUUCUGAUUACAAUAAAGCAGCUACGUCAAUUCAGUCCUUCUUCAGGAUGGCUCUUGUGAAAGACUACAAACGACUUCACAAUCCGGAUCAUGCUCUGCAUAUGCAGAUUCGCAAGGAACUUUUCAAGAUAUCUGAUUUACUCGAUUCGUCUAUCGCAAGUCUAUUGCUGAGAAACGUCAUCAGCCGUCACAAUUUGCACGAUCUCUAUCCUUGUUCCAAGGAUUUCGCGCAUGUCCUGAAUAUUCAAGAAUUCAAAGGUACCCUGGAAAACAUCAGACACGACCAGUGGUUCCCGGUUGUCAGACUCGUCGUGAAUACCAAACCCGCAGAGAGCGUCUUCGCAGCCUUCGAACUGUUGAUCGAUCUUUCUCGGGUCGCCUUGCGAGUCUUCAACAAUCAAAACGGACGCGAAGUGACGCGUAUCGUGAACCACGUGGCUCCAGCUCGCUAUGAAUAUCUGUCAGAUGGUUACACAGUAUUUGCUUACGGGUGGAACGAAAAACAACGUAUCCGGGAACUGGAUUGGGCGAUUCGUAUAAUCACAAUAAAGGGAAAACCAAUGCUUCAUCAACCAGGCGAGCAGCAGAUAAAACCUCCCAAGCUCGUGGUCGAUGAAUUAGUUGGUACUUACGUUCCCAACAUCAGGAAUUGCAUCUCGCGAUGGAUUAUGCGAGCGACUUUAGGAAACAUCGUCUCGAUAAGAUUGACAACUUCUUACGACCUGGCAAAAGUCAGAAUGAAAGUUACCGAUGAAGGAAACAACAUUUUGGCUGACAUAAGAGGUGGCUCUAAGGUCUUUUUACCUUUAAUCAGUUUAAAACACUCCAAGAGCAAAGAUUAUGAAAUUAAAAAAGGAAACUCUGAUGAAGAGUUUAGAGAUGCAAUGGAAGAGAAGAAACUCUAUUACAUAGAUGCUUUCGUUCUUGAUGACAGCUGGCCUCUUACAGAUGCCGAGUGGGCAGUCGUGAAUCAGGCAAAGAAGAAGAACGCGGAAAAUUUUAAAACGAAGACGCAAUCUGGGACUAAAGGAUCGACAAAGUCAAAUCUGUCUACGACGAGAAAAGAUUCGAAACAAUUAAAUAAUGAUCAAGCCAUAGAACCACCAUAUUGGAUUCUUCAGAUUGUCACAGAUGCUCGGGAUGAUAUAGAGAUCUGUCAAGAUAAGAAAAGAGAACUAGAAAUAAGAUUAUUAAAGCAAUCCUGGUGGUCAAAGGAUCCUAAUCGAUUCAAACACGGAAAGGAACUACGAGAGGUCUUCCUGAAGACGCACGUCUUAAAAUUUGAACCAGAAGCGUCUUUAAACCAGAAUGUAGAACAAUCGAACGUAAUAGAAGAUGAAGAUCUAGCGUUUUGUCUAUCACAUCCGAGGCAAUAUAGGUCUUUAAAGCCACCAGGAUUUUUUCACCUGCCCGCUUUAGACCUGACAAAGUACGCGAAGAGAGACGACGUUGUAAAACAUCUUCGUACAAGGAUGAAGAACAAUGACGAAAAAUUACGAAGCGACGUGAAAAUCGAAAGUGAAAAAGAUUACUCCAAUUACUUGGCUGCGCUGAUAAACAAACAAUUACAAAGGUACGCAAACUUCUUCAGGAAGAAAGAGACAAAUUUUUGGCAGAGAAGAACUCUGGUGGACGCUGCUUACGAAUCGAGGAAGAUCUACAUUGACAGUUCGAUGUCCGAAAGAGCGAGGACCAAAGAGAAGGAGAAGAAGAAAUGAAGAAAAACGUGGAGACGUGCGGCUUUACGAUGCUAUUUCAUAGCGUCGUUACGAUGCUCCCUGUUCACUCGCUUCUUCAUGACUGUCCACGAUCUACCUUUUAAUGACGCUCCUCUAGCCGCUCAAGAAAGAAGUAACGGCGAUCCGUCCCGUCUAUUUUCAUCCGGGACCAGUCCACGCGGUCCAGCAAGAUUAUUAUGAAACUGCGAGAUGAGACACAUCUACACACACGAGGGAGGCUACUUU